CAGUUGAGGUAAUCUAUGUAUGGUUGAAUUCUAAUAUUUAAUAAGUUUCUUUAGAAAAUAUAGCAAAAAUGUCUAUGCUUAGGCAGAACAGAUUAGUGUUAAAUGUAGGGUUAAAUAAAAAAUAGUGUUGGGUUAGUUUCAUGCUUAAUCUUUCUUUUGCGUAAGAAUCGGGGAAUCGGUUCGGAUUGGAGCCAAGGCCGUACAUUCUUCUUCAGGCAACAAAAUUCCAUUGGAAAAAUGGUUGCAGUCCGUUCCAUUUUCCAACUCCAAAACGGUCCUAUUGGCCGAAUAAAGAAUUUACUUCCACGAACUUGUCUUUUCUUCUUCACUGAUUCGAUUUUCUACUGAUUGAUGUAAAAAGGCAACAGUUCUUUAGAGAAUCCGUUUCCAUUUACCAAUGGAAGAGUGGGGCCGGACCCGGAUUCCAUCUCGGCCCUCCAACUAUGUCACUAUUCUUGAUCUUCGAGAACGGUGGCUUAAAGAAAACGAGCGAGAGCACAAGGAGAAGGAAGAUUUGAAACAGCUUGAGCUAGAAGAACGGCAACAGAAGGUUCCGCGGACGGAACCUGAGAAGAAGGAUGAUCAGAAGCCGGUGGUCCGGAAGCCACGAAGAAAUGCUUCUUCUUGGAGCAGGAAUGGGCGUGAGAAGGUUCGGAUGUAUUAUCGAGCUGUACCGGUGAGUAAUCCGCAGAAUGUGAACGAGACGUGCAAGAAGAUUGAGGAUGAACGCGAGCCUGAGCUGCCUGUUCCUCCAAUUGAGAGAGAUAAGAAGAAGGAAAAGAAGGGUCGCAAGAAGAAACGUGGGGCACAAAAGGGAAAGAUGGAUAAGACGUCACCAACACCCGAGGAGAACUUGAAGGAGGAAGUCUGGGAGAAGGAAUGUGAGGUUGGGGUGCAGAAUGGGAAGAAAAAUGUUAGGGCAAGAAAAAUUGAUGAAAAGAAGGGGACUGGGAGUCAACGUGGACCUGAGAAAACUGGCUACGCUCAUGAGAUGAAGGAGAUGGAAAACAAAUUAAGUCUUAUUUCAGUGAGUUUGGAAAUUAAAAGAGGGACGAAUAAUGGUGUUGACAGAGGUAGUAGCAGUCAAGGCAAUCGGAAUUUCAGAUAUCAUCGGAAUCUUGAUCGUCGGGGUCCUCGUAAACAGAAGGAUGUUAAAAUGAUUUGGGUGAGGAAAGAUGAGCUUUCAAAAGGUGCAUAGUAUACAGUUUAUAAAUCUUGGUUUAUUCUGAAUCACAAGAAGAUAGCUAAUCUGAGAAACUGGAGGUUGAUUUAAUGGUAUAGGUGAGGGGAACCAGAUGGAACAUAAGGAAUCAAAAUUGAGGGUCUGGAUUGUUUGAACGUUGAUGUUGUAAAAAACAUAACUGUAGAAAACACUCGGUAAAAUGUUAGGAAUCUAUUCAGAGUAAGAAGAGAAGAGACAAAAAUAAAGUACAUUGUUGUUCUUAUGUGGUGAAACACUUUGAAUGUAGGUUAGAACUAGUGGAUGGUGAUAACUAUAUGAAAGAUCAAGUAGUUAACUAGAUAUUUGUAUAGCACAUGAAAAAAUCCGAUCCAAAGAACACAGACUCAUACCGUAGAUCCAGCUCAUUUUAUUCCCCUCUUUUGCAAGUCUCUCUCUUUAACUUCUUCCUUACUAAUUACUUUCUCGUGUAUAGGCUGAUAUUCAGUAGGUGACACUCCUACAAGUUUCCCCUCUUUCUUUAGGGAUUAGUUCUCGUACUCGAUCAUUCACCUGUUGGAAACUAUGAUCUUAUAUUGAGAACAAUACGUGCAUUCUUUUAUUUGAGAA